GGUGUUAUUGAUUCGAUAGUUGAUGGACAGCUGUUGCCUCUGAUUUCUGUUUCUGAAAUUUUGAAAAGUUGACAAGGUGGUCACAGUUUUGUUUAAAUUUGUGUAUGAACAUGCUUUUCUUUUGCGCUUGAGAAUAAGUAGUGUUAAAAGGUGAAUCUUCUUAAUAUUAUCGAUAUUGUUUGAUUUAUUAAGCAAUGAAGCGAGUUAUAGUAUUUAGAAAUGGAACUGAUGUUGAUGGAAAGGUUAUACUUGUCACACAUUCACUGGAUGAACUAUUAAAUACUGCCACCAAUAAAUUUGGGAUUGUAGCAAGACGGCUAUUCACGCCUCAAGGCGGAGAGAUUGACGACCUUAAACUCUUGAGGGACGAUGACAUUCUUUACGUAUCCGGUGGGGAAGGAUUCAUUCCUGUUGGACCGAUUAGAGGACCAGUUAGAACAAAUGAGUUGAGCCCUCCGAAGGCUUCCAAUGGAUUGUCUGACUGGGUGACGUUGAACGUUGGUGGAAAGUAUUUUACAACCUCUCGAAGUACCCUGUCAACCAAGGAACCCAACAGCAUGCUUGCAAGGAUGUUUGCUGAGAGUGAUUAUGGUUACAAUAUGACACCCAGCAAUGUUGACAGUAAUGGCGCGUACUUGAUCGAUCGCAGUUCAACUUAUUUCGAGCCGAUACUGAACUACCUUCGUAACGGACAGUUAAUCUAUGACACAAACGUCAAUCCCGAGGGAAUACUCGAAGAGGCAAGAUUCUUUGGUGUAGAAAGUCUAGUACCUCAGCUAGAAAACAUAAUCCAGUCGAGCCAGCGUUCGAGGGAUAAUCUUCCUCUGACCAGACGAGAUGUCAUCAAUGCUCUCAUUCAGAGUCCCCUCUCGUCUGACCUGCGCUUCCAGGGUGUUAACCUGGCAGGCGCUGACCUGUCACGGCUUGACCUGCGCAAUAUUAACUUCAAGUUCGCUUGCCUGCAUGGAUGUCGGAUGGUUGGCACCAAUCUCAGCUGGUGCUCGUUGGAGCGAGCCGAUUUGUCCCAUGCACAAAUGGAGGGUGCUCAAUUGCUUGGAGUCAAGAUGCUUUGUGCUAAUUUAGAAGGCGCUAACAUGAGAGGCUGCAAUUUUGAAGAUCCCAGUGGAAGUAGAACUAACAUGGAGGGUGUGAAUCUGAAAGGCGCUAACCUAGAAGGAAGCAAUAUGGCCGGCGUGAAUCUUCGAGUGUCCACUCUGAAGAAUGCCAAUCUCCAGAACUGCGACUUGCGUGCGGCCGUUUUAGCUGGGGCUGACCUUGAGAAUUGCAAUCUAUCGGGUAGCGACCUACAUGAGGCAAACCUGAGAGGGGCCAACUUGAAGGAUGCAGCAUUCGAACUGAUGUUAACACCACUUCAUAUGUCACAGACUAUCCGCUAGUUUCACUCACGGAGCAUAAUAACGGUUCAUCACUUCUAUUAACAUUAUAUUAAUCAUGAUAUCUCAUGGAAUUUAUUGUCUUCCACUGAGUAAGCGUAUAUAUUUUUUUUAAACUUUAUGAUCUCAGUGAUUUUCUACGCUACGUUUCCUUCCAUUUCGUGUAAAUUGUUAGUUUUAGGUUGAACAAUCGUAUUUGCACUAGUUCAUAAAUUAUCGACUUAAUUAUUUUCUUCGUCUACUGUGAUCCAAUGACUUAGCCAUCUGCUUUCUGGUUCAAGAAAAUUAUUUCGAAAUGAAAAUCAUAAGUUUAGUGUUCCUUUCAUUUCUUUGUAAAUCCCAAAGUCUAUUUUGAAUAAUUGUAUUUUGCAACUGAAUUUUAGACAGACUAUACGGUUUGCUAGUUUAUAAAUAUGUACUUAUUUGUAUAUUCUAAACUCAGUUGAAUAAAUUCCUAACAUUCAAUAUAGAUACUCAAAAAUAUAUAGUAUUAUUAAUACAGUACUUGGGUUAUUGUAGGCUAGUUUGAUGCUUCUAGCUUUUUCGAAACUAUACUUCUACUGAAUCAUAUCCAGACAAAAUAAUUCUUGUAUUUUUAAAUUAAUAAGAAUGCAAUAAUAGUUUAUUUGAUACUGGAAAAUCGUGUUCGCAAGGCCAACUUGUUCUAUUGUAUGUAAUAAAUUAGAUGCUCUAAAUUGUGAAUAUUUCAUGAAUUAUGGGGUAGUAGUAGCAAAAAACUCGAGGAUCCAAAGAUUUGUGACUAUUGCCAAAUUUAAAUCUUCUAGUUAAGAUUGAUGAUAGCAUACUAUAUCAAUAACAGUCAUUCCAUUGUAUUAACAAUACUGAAAAGUUCAAUAUCACGUUUAAUGUUCAUUUUGUUCCUAAUUAUUGUAAUGAAUGUUGCAAACGUUUAAAAUAAAGACUUAAGAAUAA